AUCGGAAUUUUCUUUUACAUAAGAUUGUUCCUGUGACGUAUCUUUGCAGUUUCCCUAACCUCGUAAAGACAAGAUCAGACGUAAGUUCCAGCCUAUUGUAUUUAAUUUCCUUUUCUUUUCGAUUUCGCUUGUUUUGUAAUUAGCCUCAGCCCACUUUUCAUCUUGUACAUUGCAAUUUCCUCGUUUUAGUUUUUCACCGCAUGUGUAUGAUAGUCAGACAAUAGCAUUGAACGUUGUUGAAUCAACUUGUGUUGUCGAAUCCUACACUGUGGUUGAAACUCCCCGAACUCCAGAGCACAACACCUAGUGUCCGCUGUAUUGGGUACGCGACAAUAAUACACGACAACAGAAAUAGGAAAGGGAAGCUUUAAAUGCUCUAAAUAUGAUAGUUGUUAGAACCCGUCAGAUUUAUUUGUAAGAUGUUUUCGCAAGGCUCCUUCGGAUAUGUCAAUCAUGUGAAAGGUUCAUAACAUUUCCGAGAAACAAGCAUUCGAACUAUUUCGGCUUGAAACAAAAAUGAUAACAAACAGAUUGAGUUCUAUUUUCUUACAGAAACUCAAUCAAUGCCGAAAUUUGACUGCCUAAAGCGAUGCAAAAGGGGGUAGGAUUAUAACGAUUUUUCAUUGCUGAAGUUAUGGAAAGUCUACCACAUUUUUCAGUUGCCCAGUUUUGGGACAUUAUUUUUGGCUUUCGAAAUAAUCUCUUAUUUCAACAGGAUAGCCGUUGUUAGGGCGCUUUUUUCUUGACUUCACCCUGUCUUCGCGCAGUCUUUGCCAUCAACAUAAUAAAAGUGACCAAAACAAUAUGAAAAUUCUCAGGAAGUGACCCUACCGUGGUUACCGAUAUUUCCCUUUAAAAUAUCUAUGUGCUCUCUGAGUGUGCUCACCUUCACAUUACAGCAGAAAGAUCUAGUUGAAAGGUUGCCAAAUCUUCUUACGAGCUGUUUCAAGACUUCGAAAUACCCAUAUGGCUCUGGUGAAGGAAAAUACUUUAAAAGUCGGCCUAAAACGAUUUCCUCGAGAUGUUCGCGAGGAGCUUAACAAGAUUGUACAUCGUAGCUCAUGGCAGAUGCUGACAAGAGAAUUCAGCGUGGAUACAUACACCGGUUUGGAAGAUGAAGCACUUGAUUUCAUCCCAGAUCUCGUUGAUAGCAGUUAUGAUGAGUUUCGGGAAGAUGUGAAAAUGAGACUGGAAAUUUUAAAGAAAAUGAAAACAGGAAAGGCCCGGUCAUUCAAAGGGAAGAGCAAAGUUGGAUUUCACAGCUAUUUUUACAGGUAUACAUAGUUUUACGCCAUUAUGCAUUCUUAUAGGUUAAAGCUGACAAGGAAGUUUUGACUUUAUCACUGCAAAGAUUUGGUGGUUGGACGUUCGAAAACUAUGUACAAAACGAGAAGGAACGAGCAGUAAACAAAACUACAGCUCAAGGAAUAACUAACGUUUCGCUGAAAAUACCAAGAAUAAUAAUGUCUUACGCCUACCGAAAAAAAACCACAUACACACACGCCCAAACUAAUAACAAUGAAUACGAAUGUUCCAGAAGCACGAACACAAAUCAAAGUGCUCUAUGACCAAACUCGUGAAUUGACACAUGAUUUUUUGGAUUAUGUUUAAUGUUAUCUGGUUUAGGGAAUUUUGUGGUUGAUUGUCGUAUCUAGAGUACAAGCAGUAGUUCAGUGUUCGCUAAUGUAGCAAAGAAACAAAGUAAUUGAAAUUAAAAUGAUCAUGCUAUUACAUUUGACAAGGGUGGAUGAUGUCAUGUGUUUUAAACGUAUAUCAUUUUUGUUUCUGGUUCAAAAGAAAAGCUUGGAAGUAAAUGUGGGUGAAAAGCGAAAUUUACUGUCUAUCAUUGUAAAAAUUAGAAAAUCAAGGCAAUACUGUCUUAAUGAAAACACUAACGAUUCCCUCUUUAUCAAAUGAGACAAACGGGAACGAGUUUUGAGUGAUAUAGCUAAGCCAAGACUGCCACCGUCAUUUUGGAUCUCCGCCUGGGCAGAUUUUAGUCACGUGCUAGGCAACGUAUAAUCAAUAACAAGAUAGAAUUUCAUUUCAGGCUUAUUUAUCAAUUUUGUGGUGUAUAACUUUCGCAUUUUAGUACGUAAUACGUAUUUUGAAUCUUCAAAUUGUCUUGAACCUUAAAAGAAAAUUGUUCGUUAAAAAUUCACUGAAAAUCGGUAGCUAAAAUUGUUUGUAUAGGCGUUAUUUGAUUUUCGUGUUUACUUUUAAUUUCGUCAGUCGUCGGCAUCUUCUGUUGCUUCACACAAGAAAAACACACGAUAUCGAUUUUGUCCUCAAUCUCACGUCAUAACAAGAAAAGCUUUUGAACAUCUGUAAACUCCGUGCGCCUUUGAUAGUGAUCUAUAGUGAUCUGAAUCUUCGGAUUGUUUUCAAGUUCAAGAAUUAUAAAUUACAAUUUUAUGAAAAACGAAGGUUGUUCUGUUAUUUCAGUGUGAAUCCUAGCAUGCCUGCCAGUCGCUGGCGCCGCUUGUUGAAACUAAAACGAAAAAAAAACACUCUUUUAAGAUUUUAAUUGGCUUCUUUUUCACCCCACCACUAUUCUUAGCAACAAAGGUUGCCAUUUCGUCUGUUUAUUGCUCGCAAAAACUAUCAAAUGCACUCAAAAACCUAAAAUCGAAAAAAAGUUUACAGGAAUCGACCAAUCGAGCGAAUGCUAUUCCCCACAUCGUAUCUAUAACUCGCUCUUGCGCAUGCGUGCAAUUCACGAGUUAAAAAGCAAAUAAGUAGACAUGGCAUAAUUUUUCUUAACAAGUAGGGAACGUAGCUCCCAGUGUUGUUGUCUGGCCUUGAUUGAAAAAGAAAUGCGGGCAUCUGCAAAAUUUCCUUUAAGAGCUUUUAAACUUCUCAGUGCAAUCUGGUUAAGGUCCCCCGCAGUUUAGAUGAUGCAAUAGGUAAUUGCAACAUCAUCACCUAAAGAGCUGAAUAAUAGCAGUAAUGACGGUGCAUUAACGUAACCGGCGAAAGUAAAAUUUAAUUAAAGCGGACAGAAUUUAUGAAUGAGAGGAAGCAGGAACUUUGAUUUGUCACUGCAUGUUGACAAUCCAGAGACUCUCACAAUGCUGUGCGACCGUGAAUUAUGUCAUUGAUACCCAUAGAUGCUCGUUCUCGUAGUAAAAAGAAAAUCAAGAUUAAUGACCAAUUAUAAAUAUAAAGCUUUUUUUUCAAGGUAAGAAUUUAUUAUUAAAAGCAAUUGAAUUGAGUGGAAUGCAGUUUGGUCUGAAAUCAUAUGCAUGAUUUCUAAAUCAAACGAGUAUACAGCACGAGUUUGAAAUAAAGACACAAGUAAGGGCAAGUCUGAUUUCAGACCUAAUAAUUUACAUGAAAAAAUUACUCAGUUCUGAUUGGUUAAGAUAAAUGCAGUUUUCAGGUAAUUCUGACCAGUGCAGAAGAGGGUUAAUUCAGGGCAAAGAAGUAACAAAUCAGACAUUCUGAUUGGUCAAUAAUAAAAGAAACUCACAGAUAGCCAAUCAAGUGCGAGCCUUGGAUGUCGCAACAUUUGGAUACGCUGAAAAUUUGCGAGCGAAACAAUGGCCGGCGUAUUAAGCAGGUUUCUUUCGCCGCCGCAACAACAAUACAGCGGCUGAAAAACAGCUCUAACUACGAAAACAGUGUAAAAUGCACUGCUUUUUGGUUGUCGGAGUGGAAAAAGUAGUGUUUAGAGAAGGGAAUUGCCAAGAAAUCGAAAAUUACGAGCCGAUCCAGCUAAACACUUUACUCGAGCGAUUUUACGCCGAAAUUAAAAACAAACAUGGUUAAACCUCGAAACGACGAUUCCAUUUUAUCGAAACUGAACAAUUCCUCGAACUGUUUAGCCGGACUUUGAACUUUUUUGCUCCUAAGGAUGUGAAAAUUUAAUUGUAUUUUAUUGUGUUGAUCGUACGCAGUUGUUUUGACCGAACGCUCAAAGUCACUUGUAAGGUUUGAAUAAAUUAUUUUUGCACUUGAUACGCGCGGUUUGCUCCUGCAUAAUUAUGAUAAGCUAUCUCGUAUUUCUUCAUGUAUAUUAUUAAUACGUAAUCACAUGAUUUUCCUCGUGCAAUUUGGAAUAAACGAGCACUCGUUAAUUUUUUCAAAGAACACAAUUUUGUUAGUCUUUGAAAAAAAUUUAUCGUGCUUAUUUGUUCCAAAUUGUACUCGAAAUCAUGUGAUUACCUCUACAAAACUGCACUCCAUUCAGUUCAAUUACCCCUUAAUUAUAUAUAUUUUGAAAUCGCAAAAUUCAGCUGCUCAGAUACAGGAUUUGUUCGUCUGUCUAAAUAUUUUAUUGAUCUAAUAAUGAGCUGGUUUUUAGAAAGUUGCAAAAGGUGUUUUUCAUUUUCGUACAAUUUGAUUGGUUUCUAUAAACAAGCCUUGAAAUCUGGUUAUUGGUUUUAUUUUAGUGGGGCUUCCUCGUUUGCUAGGAAAAAGAUGAGAUUUACAACUGAAAGUGGUGCGAUUCGUAAUGAGAGCUAAUCGGAUUAAAAGGAUCACCAUUGAUUUCAAAAUGGAUGUAACAAAAACAAAAAUAGAUAUAAAGCAGUUGGAUCCGAAAUAUAUUUUGUCUUGUUUUAUGAUAAGCAUUUCUAAACCUUAUUACCAUACUGAACAACAUCCGUUACAUAAUUGAGUAAUAAAUGUCUGCUACACAUUCUUGAACACGAUGAGAUAGAUAUUGGUAUGGGCUUUACUGAAGUUUCUGGCCAUCUCCACUCCAAAUAUUUCCCACACUAUUUCCGUCAUAAUGGUCUGUUCGUUGUUCUUGUAUAAUAGGCGCCAAGAUUAUUGUACCUUACUCGAAUUCAUCAAUCGCUAUAAUUGAAAUGUAAUUUUACUUUCCCUUCUCUAGGUUUUGGCUUGUUGGUCAGCGACGUCAGGACGGUCUGUAUGACAUCGUAUUUGCCCACAUUGCCCGAAAAGAAGAAUUUGAUCUCUUUCUUAGCCUGGAAAAAAUUAUGAAGGGUACGGCUUAUGCGGUGAUGUCAAUUCCAGAUGCAGUGCGUAGUCUUUCCAAGCGGGCUGUCAAGCUCGUAACUGCUGGUAUAUUUGGAGAGAGCUAUGAUGUGCAUGAAAACCCAUCAUCGGCCGAUAAACCGCGAGCAAGUCCUUAUACUGACCUCAGUCAGCACCUGGGAGACCGCCUGACUGAUUAUGAAAUGGUAGAGGAUCUUAUUGAGAGAGGAAUGUUGGCAGAGAACGAGGAUGGGACACUGUACAUUCAGCUCUAGUGAGAAAGUUAAAGAGGGAAGCAAGUUCUAUUAUUUGCAGUGACUGUAGCAUUGUAGUACUUUACUCGAUAUUGCACCCCAAACCAAAGACAUGAUUAAUUUCAGUAAUAAUCCAAUUAAAGCUAAGUUAGUGUGAGCGGUGUAGCUAUUGUAGGCGACAACUUACUUGCAGCUGUUUGCUAUAAUCAUUAACGUAUCAAUAAAGCGGCAAAAGCUUUUGUCGCCUCGUUUGUUUUCUCCAAUACAAUCGGAUUUUAUUUGUCACAGGGUAGACUUGCAGACUUCUCUCAAUAAAAUUUGUGUUAAAAUAGUACUGAUUGUGUGACAUGGAUUUUUAUUGACAAAAGGCACAAAUUUGAGCAGGACUAAGAGAGCUGGAAAGCUUUGUCCAAUUAUCACUUAGGUUGAUGUUAAACUCCUCUUUAUGGUAUGCUCAGAAAUGUGUCGACAGCAUUCAGACAUUGCGCCUUUUCGCACGUG